AUGUCUCUUUGGGGAAAUUACUACAGAUUGUUAGUGAUAGCUGUUGGAUUUUUAUGCUUGGCAUCUGUCUGUUCCAAUUAUAUUGUCAUUAAUUUCACCUUCAUCUGCAUGAAAAAUGACUAUACCGAGAGUUAUCUGGACAAAAAUGGGACAAUUCGAAGUGUUUAUGACUACACCAGCGGAGAGAAAAAAUGGAUUAUGUGGGCGGUGGCGGCUGGAACAAUUAUCGGAACGAUUCCGAUUAAUUUGUUGUAUGUUAAAUACGGAGCAAGAUAUCCAUUUCUAGUCGCUGGUAUUGUUUCUUGCAUUUCCACUGCAUUUGUACCUUUUGCUGCUCGUGCCAAUUUUUUUAUUUUAAUCCUUCUGAGAUUUUUGCAAGGUCUCGCCUAUUCCGCCGAUUUUGCAGCCAUCGGUUUGAUGACUGUUCGAUGGGCUCCAUUAUCUGAAACUGCUACAUUCGUGGCAAUUUUAACCGCAUUCACUGGAAUCUCUUCUGUUGUCACAAAUUCCUUCACUGGCAUAAUUUGUGAGAGCUCUCUUGGCUGGAAAUAUGCAUUUUAUCUUCAUGCGGCUGUUGGAAUUCUACUCUUUGUUAUAUGGACAAUCGUCUAUAUUGAUCAUCCCGAAGACACUAAAAGGGUCUCUCAAAAAGAAUUAGGACAUAUUCAGAAAAAUAAAUCUGACGCACAUUUGGAUAGAAAUACCAGUGUUCCGUAUAGGAAAAUCUUGACCAGUCCAGUAAUCCUUUGUGUCUGGGUGAAUGCGUUUUUCGAAAUGUCCGCUGUUAUCAUGUUCUCCUCUUUUAUGCCAAUUUAUUUCCACGAAGUUCUAAAAUUCGGGAUCACUGAAACCGGAUUUUACGUUGCUCUUGUCUUGUUCUCCUACAUGCCAAUUCGAUUAGUGGCUGCACUUUUUAGCGAUAAAUUUACUAUGAUUUCUGAAAAGCUGAAAAUCAUGAUUUUCAACACGUUUGCCGUUGGUGGAUCUGGAUUCUUUUUCGCUUGUAUUGGCUUCAUCCCAGCUGAGCACAAAAUGAUUUCGCUGUCAUUUUUUAUUCUGACCAUGUGCUGUAUUGGUGUCAAUUCAGGAGGAUUUUAUAAAUGUGGAGUUUUGCAUGCUCGCCAAUUCGCCCAUGUGGUCAUCGCCGCUAUCCAAUGGAUGAAAUGUCUUGCUCUGUUCUCUGCACCAGCCCUAGUCGCCAUUUUUGUCUCAGAUGAAUCGAAUCGUCUACAAUGGCUCUGGGUGCAUUUGGUGCUCGGCGGUCUUAUGAUUAUUACCAACUUCGUUUCAUACUUCAUUUUCACUGAUGAACCAGCCGAGUGGACAAAUAGUGAAGUGUUUAUUAAAAUGGAGACAACAAAAUCGGAUUGUUAA